GUGUGGCGGGACACGGACAGCGGGGCGUGUACGCCGGUGACAAUCUGGGCGCCGAGGGCGCCGGAGGGAUAUGUGGCGGUGGGGUGCGUGGCGGUGCCCGACUACUAUGAGCCCGACCGCAGCGCCGUGGCGUGCGUGGCGGCGGGCGCAGUGGGCGCGGCGGAGCUGGGGCGGCUGCCCAUAUGGCGCGACCGCAAGGGCGCAGCGCUGUGGAAGUGCAGCCUGUGGCAGGUGCACAACGCCGCACACACCUUCCUGGCACGGCGCGACCAUGAGAGCCCACCACCAGGCAUGGCCUUUGAUGUGAAGGUGGAGGACACACACACAGAUGCACGCAGUGCCACCUUCGUGCACACAGGGUAG